AUGGCCAAGCGCCCGCUGCUGCUGCUGCUAGCCCUGUGGGUACUGGCUGGGGAGCUGUGGCUGAGGGCUGAGGCCCGGCCAUCACCCUACGGAGUGAAGCUCUGCGGCCGGGAAUUCAUCCGAGCAGUCAUCUUCACCUGCGGAGGCUCCCGCUGGAGACGGUCCGACAUCCUGACUCAUGAAGCUCCAGGUGACCCCUUCCCAGAUGCAGACUCUGACACAGACAGUGAGCUGGAUGAGGCUGUAGCCUCCAGCGAGUGGGUGGCCCUGACCAAGUAUCCCCGGGCUUUCUAUGAGGGCCAGCAGGGAACUCCGGGGGCUGUGCGUGGUGGCCGCGACGUCCUGGCCGGCCUCUCCAGCAACUGCUGCAAGUGGGGCUGCAGCAAGAGUGAGAUCAGCAGCCUCUGCUAG